UCUUUUUAUAAGCCUUAUAUUCUCUUCGUAUCCAGUUUUCCUCAAACACCCGCAAGAACCAGUUUUGAGAGAGGGAGGAGAGGGAUAAACAGAAAGUUUUCACCAGUUCAGAGAUUUCAAUUUUCGAUCGAAUUUAAGAUGUCAUACAGUUACGAUUCUCGCUCUCCGUCUCCAUAUAGGCGUUACGGUCGCUCUGUUUCAAGGUCUUUGUCAAGAUCUAGGUCAUUGUCGAGGAGCCGAUCCAGGAGCCGUGAAAGUAGUAGUGUAGAGAAUCCUGGAAAUAAUUUAUAUGUGACUGGAUUGUCAUUGCGUGUCACUAGGAGAGAUCUGGAGAAGCAUUUCUCAUCUGAGGGAAAGGUGGAAGAUAUUCACCUUGUGACUGAUCCAUGGACCAAAGAGUCUCGGGGAUUUGGUUUUGUAACCAUGUCUUCUCUUGAGGAGGCGGAUCGCUGUAUCAAGUAUCUUAAUCGUUCUGUACUUGAAGGCCGUGUCAUUACUGUUGAGAAGGCUCGCAGAAAAAGAGGUCGUACACCAACGCCAGGAAAAUACAUGGGGUUGAAAACAUCUCGCAGUCGACAUCGCUCUCGCAGUUAUUCUAUUAGACGCUCUUCUGAUUGUGAAAGGUCAUACUCCCCGUAUUCUAGGAGAGAUAGAUCAUAUUCUCCCUAUUAUAGCCGCAGGAGCCGCCGUUCACGCUCCAGGUCGCGCUCCCCAUACGACAGCAGAUCACCUGUGAAUAGGCGCUCUCGCUAUGAUUAUUCGCCUAAUGAGCGGUUUUACAGGAGGAGAGCCCGAAGCUAUUCCAGGAGCUAUUCACCAAGGGGAAGGAGUUAUUCACGUAGUUACUCCCCUAGGCCAAGGAGAAGCUCUAGGAGGAGUUAUUCUCGGAGCUAUUCUCCAAGGCCAAGAAGAAGCUCUAGAAGAAGUUAUUCUCGAAGCUACUCUCCAAAGCCAAGGAGAAGCUUGAGGAGGAGUUAUUCUCGGAGUUACUCACCUCGCCCAAGGAGAAACUCAAGAGGGCACCACUCUCAAAGGCGAGGGAAGAGUACUAGGAAAAGCUGCUCUCGUAGCUUAUCAAGAAGUCCGAGAAGAAGUGCGUCCUAUUCGCCAAAGUGUGGAAGUUCAUAUGAUAGUCGCUCAUCAAGAAGCUACUCUCGUCACAGUGCUCCCUCCAGAUCAAGGUCUCUUUCACGAUCUGCUACCCCAAGAUCCGCUUCGCCGUCUACUUGAACUGGACCGGUUUCGUUUAGAAGAACCAUUGUUCCUGUUGUUUAAAUUAAAAUUCUUAAUCGAACACGUAUGACUCUUUCUCCCUUUAUCUGUGUACUAUGUCUCACUGCUUGCUAAAUGCUAAUUACCUCCUUCCUGCCAUGGUAACAGUUUAGAUGUCUGAAGUUUGUUUUGAUUUUAUAAUUUGGUCUUACAUUUGAAGUUUACCCAAUUGAA